AUGUUCGGAGUUGCUGGUUCCGCUGGCCAAAUGGAGGGGGCCAUCGCUGAUGAAGGCCGUACGCCCAGUCUACUUGAGUUACCCAUCGGGCUCGGCCAAAGCUCUGAAACCAAUUUUGUAGCCAAUGAGUUCUAUUACCUGUACAAGCAAGACAUCGAGCGCGCGGCCGCUAUGGGAGUUGAAUACUUCGCUUUCUCGAUUUCAUGGACACGUAUCGUACCGUUUGUUGCACCGGGCUCGCCUGUCAAUCAGCCGGGAUUGGACCACUAUAGCGACAUGGUCGACUUCAUCAUCGAGAAGGGCAUGAAGCCGGCGGUGACUUUGUAUCAUUUUGACACUCCGUUGCAGUUCUAUGCCAACCUGUCGCAGCGCUAUGAUAGCCACUUUGGGUAUCUUAAUGGUGGCUAUGACAACACUACUUUCACGGACGCUUUUGUCUACUAUGGCAAGGUGGUCAUGUCCCGUCUUGCCGAUAGAGUCCCGAUUUGGAUCACUUGGAACGAGCCGCUCUUGUUUGCAUCCAAUGGUCAGAGCAUUGAUACGGUCAUCAAGUCACAUGCUAGCUUAUAUCACUUCUACAGAGACGAGAUCAAGGGCCGGGGGAAGCUCAGUCUCAAGCUAAGUGUUACCAUGGGCAUGCCUCAAGACCCGCUCAAUAGUAGCCAUGUCGACGCCGCGAACCAUUACAACGAUCUGCAAGCAGCAACGUUUGCAAACCCGCUCAUGCUUGGAAUUGAUUUCCCAGAAUCAUACAAGAAGACCGUCACAGACUUUAUCCCGCUCACGGACAAUGACCUGGCAUACCUGGGUGGCACAGCCGAUUUCUUCGCCAUUGACGCCUACACUUCGGUUGCGGUGACACCUCCGUCAACGACCACAAUCAACGAAUGUGCGGCGAACGUGACGGAUCCACUCUAUCCCUGGUGUAUUGAACAGAGCGUCAUUGACGCCACGGGUUGGAAUGUUGGUUAUAGAUCCCAGUCCUACGUCUAUAUGACGCCCCUAUACCUGCGCACCUUGCUCAACUACGUCUGGAACACGUUUCGUAAGCCGGUGUUUAUCACCGAAAUUGGCUUCCCCGUCUUUGGCGAGGCACAGAUGGAACUCGCGGACCAGCUAUUCGAUACCCCUCGUAGCGAGUACUACUUGAGCUAUCUAAGUGAAACACUGAAGGCGAUCUGGGAAGAUGGCGUCGAUGUCUGGGGUGCUUUUGCCUGGAGCUUUGCCGAUAACUGGGAGUUUGGGACAUAUUCCGAGCAGUUCGGCCUGCAGGUCGUUAACCGUACCACACAGGAGCGUUAUUACAAGCGGAGUUUCUUCGAUGUUGUCGAUUUUGUCGCGUCGCGGCGGAAACAGAGAGGAUCUUGCAAGGGACGGUAA